GUAGAGUUCCUUUUCACUGCAUUGUAAAUCACCUCUUGCCUAACCCCUUACUUAUAUAGCAGGGUUUAAAGUCUUUGUCGUGUGUUUGUUUUGUGUAUAAUCGUAAGAACUGCAGUCCCUUGGAAGCAGGCCUACAACCUUUGUGGAUUACGGUGUAAAGGGAUCCAUUUAUCUCCUAAUUUGUGCCGUUUCCGGUUCGUAACCAGGGUAACCAUUCUCUCCGAGUAGCCCGGAAAUUCGAGCACUUUCUCUUGUUUCUUCCUCUGUGUUUUUAUUUAUUGGAUGUAAGUGUUGGGACAUUAAUGAUUUUUUGACGGCAGCUUAGACUUUGAAAAAAAUCGACAUGCCCGGGGAAAGACGGCCUUAUACUUCAUUAGACGGUUAUGACGUAUACCCCUCUGACGUGUACCAGACAAACGAUUACGAUGACGGGGUCAUGUAUCCCCCCGCCUGUGACGGGCCGUUCUCUGGAAGGUACACUCCAAUGAAGGAGGGAAGAGGCACGCCCCUCAGAAGGUCUAACACAGUAAUGGGCUCCAGACCCACCUCCAGGGUGAACCUCGGCACACAGGAUGAUGUACAAAGGUAUGGGGACUACCUCCGGCCGACUGAUUCUCGAUUAUAUUACCCUGACAUCAACAACCGCCUACAGACCCCGGCCCCUCCGGCUCCCCCCACGCCCCAGCUAAUCAGACGGGAGAAAACUUUUGGCGGGUUUUCUAAUACCGACAACGACAUGGAUCCCUUUACAAAACAGUACUACACCAGACUAUGGAAGCAAAAUAUGUCGCCUAAUAACGCUAACAUGUACAGAAUGGGAAGAGCAGGAGGAAGAUGGAGACACAUUACGUCAUGUACAGCUAGUUCCGGUAGUCAUUUGGCUUUUGUUGAGGGUACAGUGAAACAAGUGGACAAUCGUUUAGUACUGCCAAGACAAAUCGAACCUGCCCGAAUCUCUGUCCCCCAAACAAUAAAUAGAAUCCCGUCAACCAAGAAGAGAAACAAACUGAACACGACCUACAACCAGCACGCCAGGAACGGCUUCAAGUACUGGUAUCAGGAACAAAACAAACCCAUGGAUCUUUAUAUUCGCUAUUUACCUCGAGACUAUAACAUGGAUGACACGCUUUGGGACAAUAUCGUUAGCAGCAGCACAGUCUCGUGGCAUCCCGUUUUCGAAUGAAGGCACGCCUAUUGGAGAGAGGUGUUUGGUGAAGCACUCACUUCCAAGACAAGCACAAUAGUUGUAAAAUGUUUCCAACUCAUCAGAUUUUGUCAUCUGCAAUAACUGCAAAAAGAAACAUUUAUAUUUAAUAUAUUAUUUAUUGUUUUUUUAAUUGCCAUUAUAAAGAGUUAUUUCUAAAUAUUUGUUAUAUUUAUAUUUUGUGUAUUUAUAUUUCAAAAACAUUUUGCAACAUAGUGAUAUUUGCAAAAACCAAUAUCUAACAUUGCACCAUUGUUGACCUUCCUACACUUGUAGUAGAACCAUUGCAACAGAACGCUCACCCAGAGAAACAAACAGACGAUUUUAGUGAUAUCUAGCUUAUAUGUUGCUCUCUGUCAUAAAAACUGUAAAAAUGAAGUCAAUAUUUAAUGUUAAUAAAUACGUCUUUAUAAA